AUGUCACCCCUGCACCUGAGCUUUUACUCGGCCUUUGUUUUUAGCGGACUUGGACUAGCCUUCCACCGGACCCACCUAGUAUCUGCCCUACUAUGCCUUGAAAGCAUGAUACUAUCAAUAUUUGUAGGCCUAUCAAUAUGAUCUAUCGAAACCCAAACCCCCUCAUUCACCAUGGUGCCAAUUCUCAUACUAACCUUCUCAGCAUGUGAAGCAGGCACGGGCCUAGCCAUCCUAGUAGCCUCCACGCGCACUCACGGCUCCGACCACCUACAUAAUCUGAACCUUCUACAAUGCUAA